CACCGAGUGACAGAUCGUCAGGUUAAAGUUUGAGGAAUUCAUAUAAAUGACUAUCAUGUUACCAUGUAACAUGACAAAGUGUAGGUGACUCAAGCGAAAAAGAUGGAGAUUGUGAUCUAAAAUUGGGCCUACUGGUGUUUUAAAUGAAGAAGCCUGCUUCUGCAGUAACGGUUGCCAUGGAGAUCAUUGUGGCGGCCAUUCGCCCAAAGCAAAAUGUUUUGGGGCAGGAAUUUCGGCCAAAACUCUACGACAUUCUUGUAGAAACAAAAGGCGGUGACAAAGCAACAAGACUGCUGCCCAAGUUCGGGAUUGGCCAAGAUGAGGAGCCAAGGGAGACAACUCUGAUACAGCUGUUCCUCUUUACAGGUGGAGAACAUGGCGGGGUCAGAGGUGAGAGGGCUGUCGCUAUUCACAAAUCAGGGGGAGACAACUCCUCAAACACCCGUGAUCCCGGCCAACCUCCAUCAAGUAGCCCUACAAGGACCAGUCUGUUGUUCUGCGUACCUGUUAACCGUAGAGAUAAGUUGUCCCGUACUUCUGACUCCCUGGGUUUUUACCCGCUGGACACUGUGAUAGACAAUAUUAACACAGGAAACUGGCCUGUCACCUCUAGUAUGAAGUCCAGUGUUAAGAAGUUGGAAAGCUGGUUACAGGAGAGCCAUUCCAAACCCAAAGCCAUCGACUGUUUGUUUCGCUCUCAGGCGGAGUAUCGCAUUCGUCUUUGUAUAAACAACCCUGCGUUUAUCCCCAGCACUAAACUGGAUCAAGAUGUAGGAAAGGCCGACGUAGCCUUGAGGCUGACGGCGAACGAAGCUCUCGCCAAGAUGCUCUUCAUAGAGAAGUGCGACAAGGUGGUGAUGAAUCCUUUGUUUGGAUCAGGUCUGCCGUACAAGACAAAGGUUGACAAUGUGGUGGAUAACAGGUAUUGGGGUUUGGGUCGUCCUCGCUAUGAAGACAUAGAGCCUCCCUCAGGCAUCCCUGCACACAGCAGUGACAAAGAGAAACAGUGGGAGAAAGACUUUCCUCUACAUAAGUGUGCAUACGAUGAUGAUAUAGCGGGGAUGAAGGAGCUCCUGGCUAAAGGCUACAAUCACUCACAGCUGGACUACGAUUCCAAGUGGGCACCAAUUCACUACGCAGCCUGGUGUGGCCAUGUGAAGGCUGUCAGUUUGUUGCUCGAUGCCGGCUGCUCCCCCAACAUCAGGAACAAGAACAUGUCCACCCCUCUGCACUUUGCCGCAAUGUGUGGUCAUCCCUAUGUGAUCAUCAAACUCCUGGAUCAUCGGGAAACUGACUACGCCCCAGUAGAUGGAGAAGGUAAAACUCCACUGAACUACUGUGAAGCUGUACCAAAAACAGACUGGCUCCAGUGUGUAUACCUCCUGAAGACUGCUAAGAUCCAGGUGAGUCUGAUGAAUGGCACCUGUGUAAGGCUGAACUUGGAGGCAGGGGAGAGCACCACUGUUCACCAGCUCAAUCAGCAGAUGUUACAGGUGAUGAAUCUUCCCUCAUCCUGUAGUCACCUGUUCACCAUCUGGAUCUGCUCACAUAGUUUAGAAUUACAACUUAAGUUGGACCAUAAACCUUUACAACACUUACGGGACUGGAAGCGAAUAUGUGUCAAACUGACGGAUGGAAGCUCAAAUGAGGAAGAGCCCAUUUUGGUGUGGAGGAGAGAUGCAUUGCUCACCCCUAAACAGGAAAAUGCAAUCAGCCACCCAGGAGCCGUCAACCUGAUGUUCCACGAGGCGUAUCAUAACUAUAUCAAGGCCAUGUACCCAUGCUCAGACAAUGACGUUCUACUCUUUGCGGCCAUCUUAACCUACAUGUCUCAGGGGGAAUACGAACAGGCAAAAGCAAAGACUUUCUUCUCAAACGGUAGGAAUCUUCAGUCUUUAGUCCCUGCCAACAAGCUGAAGAGUCGAGCGAGUAACCAUCACAGGCUUAUACAGCAACAAUACAAGAACUUCAGCGCAAACCUACCAGAGAAAGACCGAACCACUCAGGCAUUGGAGAUGGCUUUCCUGAAGUGGUGCCGAAACCUGACGGUGUAUGGCUCAGCGUUCUUCCAUGGUGGGAUAGAGCAGCCCGGUGGCAGGCAUCAGAAGCCGAUCAAAUGUCUGAUAGCAGUGAAUGAUGUGGGAUUGCACUUGAUAAAUGAUGAGACUAGGCCCUCCUCACCCCACAGCCCUCCUCACCCAACUUCACCCCACAGCCCUCCUCUCCCAAGCUCACCCCACAGCCCUCCUCACCCAACCUCACCCCAUAGCCCUCACCACCCAACCUCACCCCAUAGCCCUCCACAACCCAGCCCACCUCAUCUCACAGCCCACCUCACCCCACAGCCCUCCUCUCCCAAGCUCACCCUACAGCCCUCCUCACCCAACCUCACCCCACAGCCCACCUCACCCCACAGCCCUCCUUACCCAACCUCACCCCAUAGCCCUCACCACCCCACAGCUCACCUCACCCAACAGCCCUCCUCACCCAACCUCACCCCACAGCCCACCUCACCCAACCUCACCCCACAGAACUCCUCACCCAACCUCACCCAACCUCACCCCACAGCCCUCCUCACCCCACAGAUCUCCUCAUCCCACAAUCCACCUCACCCCACAGCCCCAUAG